UUUCUGGUGUCCUGUGUUGUUGUGUUGCUGGCGUCCUGUGUUGUGUUGCUGGCGUCCUGUGUCGGCAGGUUUGGUGGCUCCCCUGAUGGCGCCCCUGGCCGCCCUCCCACGGGGCUGCAGAGCUUUAAGGAGUUCCUGCUGCGUCUGAACCCGGCAGUUGGGGAGGUGGACGCGGUCAGGUGCUACAAAGAAUACAAAAUGGCCUUCAGCAGGCAGCAGAUGGAGGCCUUCUUCCUGGCUCACCGAGACGAGGAGUGGUUCCGUCUGAAAUACCACCCAGAGGAUAUUGAACGUCGGGACGCUGAGACCCAUGAUGCAUUGCAGAAGAGACUGGAUGUUUACAUGUAUCUCAGGGGAAAGGGCUGGUUCGAUAAUAUCUCCCUGGACAUUCAGCAAGCCUCAGCCAUCAUAAAGGUGUUAGAUGCAGUCCAGAUAAGGUUUGAAGGGGGAACAGGGAAUGACCUGCGGGCUCUGGAGACGCCGGGCAAGGGAGAGAAGGAGAGAGGGAUGGAGAGAGAGAAGGAGGGAGGAAAGGAGAGAGGGAAGGAGACACCUCCAUCUGAGCCCCAAAAGCAAGAGGAGGUACACACUGUAGAUGCAGAGCAUAGACUUGCACCCAGGGCAGAGAAGCAGGCCAGGAAAAGGAAGCACAUUGAUAAAGUCAAAGUCAGUGAGUUUAACUCCGCCUCCGUCUCGCGUCCCUCGGACCAAUCAGCUGAGAGGGAAGCAGACAGGAAGAGAGAAAAGGAGAACAUGUUGCAUAGAGAGUUGACGGAGAAGAAGGACCAGGAGGAUGACAAGGAGAACAGAGUAGCGAUGAAGAGAUGCAAUGAGGAGACGGAGGACAGGAAGAUGGAGGAGAAGAUGGGGCAGGGGAGGCCAGAGGAGGAGAAAGGAGGCGCAGCUUCAUUCCCAUGCCAACUCCACAAGACCCGAUCCCUGUUCAUGAGGAACAUCCCCCCGACAAUCUACAAGGAGGAGAUUGUGAAUCUGUGUGUGAAGUACCCUGGCUUCAUGAGAGUGUGUCUGUCCGAGCCGCAUGCUGAGUACAGGUUUUUCAGACGUUGCUGGGUGACUUUUGACCACUUGGCAAACAUCCAGGACAUCUGCUGGCAGCUACAGAACGUCAGAUUGCGUGAGUAUAAGCUGUCUCCAGUGGUCCAUCGUGACCUGUGUCGCCGCGUGCGGAUGGCUAACGGCAUCACGCAGCACAGGACGCUGAUGCAGGAGCACAUCAGCCUGGCAGCGCAGCUCAUCCGCAGCCUGGACAGCAGGUGGAGCGUCUGGGGAGGAGACCAGGAUAAGGGGAACCCUGUCCUGAAGAACGUCUCAUAUCACCUGAUCGAGGAGGUCAGUGCGGAGGAGGAGGAGCUAACGGGACGCGUUGGCGCGGCCAUCCCACAGAGCGAGGUCACCGUGGAGAGAGACAACGGGCUGGUCAAGGUGCUGGAUGGUCUGCUUCUUUACCUGCGUGUUGUCCACUCAGUGGACUUCUACAACGCCUGCCAGCACUCCACAGAGAACGAGAUGCCCAGCUGCUGUGGCUCUGUUCACGUGCGAGGGCCUGUACCACCCAACAGGGUGCCCACCCUACACAUGUUGGAGUGGCAGAAGAAGUUUGAGGUCAAGUUGAGGUCGUUGUUUUGGCCGAGGGAGACUCUGAGCGAAGACGAAGUGGGGAAGUUGGGCCGCAAGCACCCCGCUCAGGAAGUGGACAAGUUCGUCCGAGCAAACACACGCGAGCUGGACAGGGAGAAGUGGCUGUGUGUCCUCUGUGAGAAGAAGUUCAAGGGCCCUGAGUUUGUCCGUAAGCACCUCCUCAGCAGACAUGGGGAGCAGGUGGAGGAGGUGAGGAAGGAGGCGGCCUUCUUCAACAACUUCCUCAUGGAUCCCAAAAGGCCCGCCCUCCCAGAGAUGAGGUCUCCGCCCCCCAUGCCUUCUAGGCCAGGACAGGCUGGCCCCGCCUUCUCUCAUCAGUGUGGGUGGAGCUUCAACCAGCCCAGCCCACCUUUCAUCGGCUACGAGAGAAGUCCUUUCCCCCCAAAUGAGUAUGGAGAUGGGGGACACUUCGGCUGGUUCAGAGGAGUCCCCCACAGAAAACCCCAGCAGAAGAGAGUAACCCACCGGGAGCCUCGUAAGGUGACCAGAUACUGUGACCUGGACGCUCCUGAUGCGGGAGCCUCGUAAGGUGACCAGAUACUGUGACCUGGACGCUCCUGAUGCGGGAGCCUCGUAAGGUGACCAGAUACUGUGACCUGAACGCUCCUGAUGAAGACUUCUUUUAAGAGAGGACGGCAAAGCACUGGGAAUAUAGCACACACUGGAACACACCAUCAGUGUCCUUUGUGUGUGUGUGUGUGUGUGUGUGUGUGUGUGUGUGUCCUGUGGUGAGAGAGAUUGGAGCACAGGUCUGUUUGUCUGUGUAUGUGUGUGUGUGUGUGUGUGUGUGUCCUGUGGUGAGAGAGAUUGGAGCACAGGUCUGUUUGUCUGUGUAUGUGUGUGUGUGUGUGUGUGUGUGUGUGUGGAAUUGAAUGUAAAUAUAUUUGAAUUUAAAUGUUCUAUUUAGAUUUUAAACAGAUGGUUACAGGGUAAACUGUAUGUAGAAUCUGCCCCUUUGUUCACUGUUCACUGGUUUGAGGCCUCAGUGCUGGGGCUGGACACACUGAUAUCUAACCAGAUAAUGCAUGUGAUUCAUGCUGUAGGAUUGCUAAAACUACAGAUCCCACAAUGCACCACCAGUAUAUUGUGGAUUCUUUGCUAGUACAUUUGUACACCUAAAUGUUGCUAGCGUGGUAGGUUAAUUGUAUAUCUCAUGUUCUUUUUCUGCCUGUGUUAAUAUGAGUGUUACAGUGUUGUUAUUGCUGUUGUUGUUUUAUUGCUCUUUAUUGUUUGAUGAAUGUAAGUUGUAUUAUUCUCUUCCCUGUUUUAGACCAACUGUGGACUUAGGCUAUCCAC